AUGAAGGGAUUUAUGUUCCUUCUGGGAAUUGCUCUGGCCCUUCUGGCUUGCUCUCCUCCUCCUCUGGCUUCCGGCGCCGUCGUUGAGCACACAUUCCACGUGCAAAAUCUAACGGUGAGGCGGCUGUGCAACCGGGAAGUGGUGACGGCGGUGAACGGAAGCGUCCCUGGCCCAACCAUUCGGAUGCAAGAGGGAGACACCCUCGUGGUUCACGCUGUCAACCUCUCACCUUACAACAUCUCUAUCCACUGGCACGGGAUAUUCCAGUUGCUGAGUGGAUGGGCAGACGGGCCCAACAUGAUAACCCAGUGCCCGAUCCGACCCGGAGAGAAGUACACGUACAAGUUCACGGUGACGGGGCAAGAGGGAACCCUGUGGUGGCACGCUCACGUCUCCACCAUUCGUGCCACCGUCUACGGCGCUCUCAUCAUCCGCCCCAAAUCCGGCAAUCCUUACCCGUUUCCUAAGCCCGACAGGGAAAUCCCCAUCCUGCUCGGAGAGUGGUGGAAUGCUAACGUCGUCGACGUCGAGGCCCAGGCCCACGCCACCGGCGGUGGACCAAACAACUCCAACGCCUACACCAUCAACGGUUUCCCGGGAGACCUCUACCCUUGCUCCGAAAACAAAACGUUCAAGGUGAGUGUGGAGAAAGGGAAGACGUACUUGCUGAGGAUCAUCAACGCUGCGCUCAACAACCAGCUCUUCUUCAAAGUCGCCAACCACCACUUCACGGUGGUGGCCGUGGACGCCACCUACACCACACCGUACAAAACCGACGUGGUCCUGGUCGCGCCGGGGCAGACCACCGACGUCCUCCUCCAAGCCGACCAGCCAAUCGGGUCCUACUACAUGGCCGCUCGUCCUUACGCCAGCGCACCGGGGAUCUCCUUCGACAACACCACCACCCGAGGCCUCAUCGUCUACGAAGGAUCCUCCGCCGCUACCGCCCCGAUGCCCGCUCUGCCCGCUUUCAACGACACCCCGACGGCCUUCACAUUCAACUCCAACAUCACCAGCCUGCCCACCGCCCGACACUGGGUCCCCGUCCCGACCAAAGUCGACAAACACAUGUACGUCACCGUUGGGCUGGGCCUGGACCGCUGCAGUACCACCGGGAACGCCACCUGCCAGGGGCCCAAUGGGCAGCGGUUCGCCGCCAGUAUGAACAACGUCUCCUUCCAGUUCCCCACCACCAUCUCUCUCCUGCAAGCCUUCCACUCGGGCGUCAACGGGGUUUACACCACGGACUUCCCCUCCCAGCCCGUGGUCAAGUUCGAUUACACCAAUGCAACGGCGGUGAAUAACGAUACCCAGUCGUGGUUUGUCCACAAGGGAACUAAAGUCGAGAAGCUGAAAUUCAACGAGACGGUGGAGUUGGUGCUGCAGAACACGGCUAUAUUGGUGGUCGAGAAUCACCCCAUCCAUCUCCACGGGUUCAACUUCCACGUCCUGGCUCAGGGGUUUGGGAACUACGACCCGGUCAAUGCCCCCAAGAAGUUCAAUCUCGACAACCCGCAGAUCAGGAACACCAUUGGAGUCCCCGUGGGAGGAUGGGCGGUGCUCCGCUUUCAGGCCAACAAUCCAGGAAUGUGGUUCAUGCAUUGUCAUCUGGAUGCUCACUUGCCGUGGGGGCUGGCCAUGGCGUUCGAGGUGGAGGACGGCCCGACUCCCGAUACUAAGCUGCCGCCGCCGCCAGCUGAUUUCCCCAAGUGUUAG